AGGGCCUGGCCCCGUGUCCCAGAAGCCAUGGCGCCCUUAGAGUCGGCCAUGGCUCCCAGUGAGGCACUACGUCAGCUGGUGCUCUUGGGCUCUGAAGAGGGCGAGGCAGCCGUUGCUUCGGCCGUGGAGAACUUGGACAAAGACACUCCGAGUUCUGAAUGGCUCUGGGCCGCCGUGGCCAGUUUUCUGGGCCUCGCGGAUGAUGGCAGCCCCGAGUUCUUUCCGCGCGCUUUUGCACGGCCGGAAGCGCUCAGCAGCUGUGCAGACCGCGCUAUGCUUUGGGGCUUCGGGAGUCUCUACGGAUUGUUCCAGGAGGCGUCCAGCUCCCACUUUGCGCAACUGGCUCGGCAACAUCAGCUCUCAGAGGGCGUGGCUGCUUAUGCAGUAGCAUCUGAACUUGGAAGCUCUCUGGGGCGCUUGGCCUGGGGCGAGGACCGUUUGAAUGGCGUGAUUGCUCUCCAGCACAGGGGGAUCCACCUGCCGCCGGAGCGGCUCAAUUGCAUGGAAUCGCUGGAAGCCGCCAUGGCCGUUGCCAGCGGUGCAGCGCAGGAGCAAAGCUCAGUACCACAACCCAUGGACCUAGACCACCUGCUACAGGCACGUCACGAGGAGCGUCAAAGUUACGCGCUAGCAGCACAGCUGGCAAGUGACGGACACGUGGAGGGCAUGGCGGCCAAAGCGGAAAUGCUGUACUACGGCAAGAGCGGAGUGGUGCCAGGGUCUGCUGGGAAAGCUUGGGUCGUGGUUCCUUUGCUUCUCUUGGCUGCUUGGAAGUUGCCAAAGUUGUGCAACCGGGAGGUGCAGGCUGGUGCUCCCAAUGUGAGGCCGCGCAUUGGUGGCUGCUUGCGUGUGCUGAUGCUCUUGGCAGCUUUCGGGAUCUGGUGGUCGUUUCGAAGCUCGCGGCCUGGCGAUUUGGCGCCGGACACUGCGCAGGCGCAGGAACUGUUCCAAGAAGCAGCAGAUGCUGGACACUGGGGUGCAGCCUAUGCCUAUGCCUUGCUGAAGCUGGAAGAGAAUGAGAGUGAGGCGGAGCCAUACUUGCGGCAAGUGGUGCAACAAGGUGAAGCUCCAGCGUGCUUUUUGGCGGAGUACUUUAUGCAUCGUCACGGUUUUCUUCCGUCAGAUUCAGCCAAGGAGAAGCAACUGCUCCAGCAAGCUGCGAACCUGGGGGAUCCCAUGGCCGCGAACCUCUUGGCGGAACGCUUCGCGCGUGCUGAUGCAGCGCCGGACGAUGCCUUGCGGUACUACCGGCAGGCUGCGAUGGCUGGGCAGCUGCCGACGCGCUACAACAUUGGAGUGCUGCUUAUCCAGUCCUUGAAUGGUACAGAGCCAACAGAUGCUCUGUGCCUGGAAGCGCGGCAGGAAUUUGUUGAAGUGGCAAGAGACAUGGAUCCAACCGUGCGCUUGCUGUUUGCCCUGGCGAUGAGGAGUUGGGAGCUGGGCAACGCCACGGCAGCGCUUACUAUUUUCUCACUACUCUCCGAGGCUGGUGUGACGAAAGCACAUCGCAAUGCAGCGCGGAUAUGGGAGCAGCAGACAGGUACGCUGGACCCGUUGGACUUCGGAUCGCCAGUGCAGGAUGGAGACUACUCGCUGGCCACCUGCAAUGCAAGCGAUGAUGCGACAGCAGAAUUGGUGGCAACAGGCCGCUUCUGCUGUUCUUCCGGGAAUUGCAGUGCCUUUCGCUUCAACGAGCCCGGCUUCCUCCCCUCGGAGUGCAUGCUGCGCUGUAGCGCAGAUGCGAAGUGUGUCUUUGCCACCACAUAUGCCACAGGAUACUGUCAACUGUCUGAGGAUUGCGACACCAUGGCGCCUGCAAGUGACCCCUCGGCGCAAAUCUUCAGGCUGAAACGGCCGCAAUGCAGGCCAGCAGCUUCUGCCCUAGCUGAGUGCUCUCCACAGGCGCACAGCAGAGGUGGCCCCCAAGCCCGUCGUUGUGCGGCCCUGUUCUGGGCGCGAGCAGCGGAGCAUCCGUCAACGGUGGGGAAGGUGGAACUGGAACUUCCCCACGGCAGUGCGUUGCUGGAGGCAAGCAAGAAAGCAGCAACAGCAGCGGCUGCAACUGGCCGACAUCUUGAAUGGCUUGGGGAGUUGGAGACGGCCAUGGCCUGGAGUUGCGCUGCGGCCAAGAUGAACAGCGCAGCAGGGCGACUUCGAUGUGCCGCGUUGCAGGCUGAUUCCUGGCCUGGUCAUGGUGCCAACUUAUCCCGCGCAGCUGCAGAGCUUCGCCUGAUGGCAAGCCAGGACCCUGAAUCAACUGUUGCAGUGUAUGGGACUUUGGGUUCCCUCUUUGCUCGCUUCUGGCGCCGCGCGGUCCUGGAAGGAUGCGAACUUCCGCCAGGGCGCGUGCUGCUGCCUCGCUGUGACCUACGUGAUGCUGCCCAGAGGGCUGGCCUGGACUUGGAGCCCAGUGCUGAACGAGCGGCCGAAAAGGUGCUGUUCUUGAGCCUUUUGAUGCUCACGGCUCUCCUCCUCUGCCUGGCCUGGCUAGGUCUCAGGAUGCUGCAGUCAUCGUUUGUGCGGAAAAAAGGUGGAUUUUGGCGCCCGAAUGCGAUUGAAGCAUUCAAGAAACGAACGCUGACAGAUUUCUGGAGAUGA